UGUUACUAAUAGUAUAAAUAAACUUUCUCGAGACUAAUGAUAAUAGUGAUUAAGUUUAGUAGCACAAGUGACGAACCAGUAGCGCGUUGCCUACAGCAAGAUGAAGUCGUGGACGCCUUUCGUAGGGGCUUCCCUUCUAUUGCUCGCAUUUUCAGUCGAAGGAGAAGAAAAUGGAUCAAACAGUGACAUUUUACAUGAAAUCGUUCAUAGGACAAAAAGAGACGCAAACAUCGACAUAUCACUAAGUAAAAUAUCUCAUGAAGAAACAUGUAACAUUAUCACUCCAAACGGCGAAACGGUGUUGGCAGAGAACGUUAACAUCCCAGGAGUAACAGUCCGCAAUAGCAGUUAUUUUGUUUCCUGCAGGAUCACUAUAGGACCCAUAAAUGAAUCUCUUUUAGGCAACUGGUCACUAUGUGGGGAAUAUAAGGAUAAGAAUGAACCUCAUAAGAGAUGUCAACCAGUCAGUAUCUCCUGGUACAAUCCUAACAAUUCGUCUCAAACUUGGAACUUGUGGCCCGAACCAAAAAGCGACUAUGUCGUUUCCUAUGAUGGCAAUUUGUCACCUGUCCUAACUGGGUCUGGUACUGUGUCAACUUGUCACGCUGUAACACCUAAUGGGGAAGAACUAGUCAUAACUGCAGACACAGAUUACCCUGGUUUAACCCGUGUUGGAACGAAUGAAGCUUGCAAUUUCAAUAUAGGUCCUAUUAACAAAUAUUAUAUUGGAGAUUGGAAAUUGUUCGGACUGUUUAAUUCACCUUUAAUGGGAUUAAUUGAAGUGUCACGUCCAAUGCACUUGUUUCUUUAUGAUGAAGAGAAUCCUUACAGUCAAGCUUACAAUGUAACUAAUGAAGAUCAAGUCACUUAUAUUAUUAAUUUAGGUAGCACUAUUAUCGAAGAAAUAAAUGGACGGGGCAAUUUAGCAACAGACGAUUGCCAAAUAAUUAGUUCAUUUGGCCAAAAAUAUUCUAUAAGUGAUAGUAAAGAACUGGAUCCUGUCGUGUUUAAAGAUGUAGGUUCAAAUAUAGCCUGCCGAGUAGCUAUUGGUCCCAUAACAGAGGAAAUGCUCGGUAAAUGGAAUUUUAGUGGAAAGUUCAGCAACAGUGAUACUUUUACUGAAAGACGACGUGUUAUUGAAAUAGUGAAGGAAGACCCAGCAAAUCCUAUUAUUGAUGAAAAUAGAAUUGUAGAUAUUUUAGACACACAAUUUUUUAAUACCUCAAUCGGUGCAAGUCAUACAAUACUUAUUAAGGACGGUAAUACUAAGGAAAGCUGCCACUUAAGAACGCCCGCAGGCUUGCAGUAUACUAUUAUGGAAGGUUUUAAUAUUCCUGGAAUAGAAGUAAUAGAAGACGAUCCUGAUGUCACAUGUGGUAUUACUGUAAAUGUGAAAAGCGAGGAUUUAAUUGGAGAAUGGAUAUUAAUUGCCAGAGUGUCAAAUUAUUUUGAACGUAUAGAAAGAAGGCUUCCUUUCAUUGUUUAUGUAGAAGAGAUAGUGCGAGCAAUACCUCAAGAAGUCACAAUAACUGAAGGCAAUACUCUUUAUUUGCGUCUGGAGAAACCAACAGAACUUAAGGAUUCUUGUGUACUUUAUGGACCAAACCACAAUUUAACUGAUUUUGAAACAGACAGAUAUUAUAAUGAUAAAUGUGGAUUUAUCAUCAAAGAUAUAGAAAAAUCUGAUGAUGGGAUGUGGGAAAUACGAUAUGGAAUGGGUAUCAAAUACAGGGCUUUCAUCGAUGUAAUCGUUAUAGCUUCGUGGAACAAAACAAUUGACAAUUUAGAAUUUAUUAAAGAUAGACCUAUUAAAGCAAUAAUAGGACCAAAAAACGCAAUUUAUUGCAAACUUGAAGAUCCCAGUGGCCGUAUUGUAUAUGAUAAUUUUGGAAAGUGCACUAUUGAAUUGGAAAAAGUAACAAAACAGCACAAUGGUAGAUGGAUUAUGACUGUGGGAUUUCCAGGAAAAAUAAUUGCAGAAGAGUAUUUUUUUAAUGUGAAAAUAACUGAAGCAGAACGAAAAGCCAUAGUGACCACCUCAAUUGAGGAACAGAAACCGGAAGUGAUUUUGACUUGUUCAGUACCGACUGAAUAUGAAGUGAAAACAUGCAAGUUCCGCAAGCCAUCUGGACGGGUUCUCCUUGCUGUUGAAGGGGUGGGAGAGAGUGGAUACACUUUCCAUGGGGUAGGAACAAGUAUGGAAUCUGCAAUUAGAAUUCACGAAUGUGGACUAAGAAUUUCAAACCUUCAAUCUGAUGAUUUAGGAAUAUGGCGAUGCGCUGUUCAAACUGCAAACGAUACAUAUUAUGGUUUUCUGACAGUGCUAUAUUCUUGGGCUCUGCAAGAUUCUGAAGUCACUGCCCCUAUUAUAAUAGAACCGAAUCUUAUCACAACUCAUCGUAGUGUCGAUGUUUUACAAGGCGACACGGUGACCAUGUCUUGUUCAAUACAGUCUGCUAUCGAGUAUUGUUAUUUUAGAGCGCAAAAUGGAACUAUCUUCAAUCUUUCACCCGGUAUGUCGCUUAAUAUUUCAAUGAUUGUGAGAUAAAUGUAUG